GGUUCCUCGACCGUAGCCUUGUUGAGCCACACCUGUCAUGUACCCACUCUUGGAACCUCAUCGCAUUGAUCGAACUACCACUCACCAAAUCAUCAACACCGUAACAACUUUAAUACUUUUGAUUUAUUUGGGGAACAAUUCCAUCAGAGAAACUAUCCGCUCCUUCAAUUACAACACACUUUAAUCUAAAAACAAACCGCAGCCGCGUCAUCUCUAUCUGUUGGUCAAUCGUGGCGCAAAGUAAAUAUUCACAACCACCUUGACAAUGGGGAUCAUUCGCAAGAAGACGGCAAUGAGAGGGGGUGAAGGCGGUGUUAAAUAUGUCUGUGAUAUGUGUUCCGCAGACGUCACAAAUACCGUCCGGAUUAGAUGCGCCCAUUCUGCUUGCAAUGAAUACGACCUCUGUGUACAAUGUUUUGCCGACGGCAAAUCCUCCUCGCAGCAUCAACCUGCUACUCACCCAUUUAGAGUUAUCGAACAAAACUCGGUACCAAUCUACGAACCGGAUUGGGGAGCAGAUGAAGAACUACUAUUACUGGAAGGGUGUGAGAUAUACGGAUUGGGUUCUUGGGCAGAUAUCGCAGAUCACAUUGGAGGAUUCCGAACUAAAGAAGAGGUCCGAGAUCAUUACAAGAAGGUCUACUUGGAUAGUCCAAAAUUCCCAUUACCAAAACGCGCUAGUCCACACGAUACCGAGUUGAUGGAUGCAUUACCUCGAGACGAAUUCCAAGCGCGAAAGAAGGCGCGAAUAGAGAAGAGAAAAGAGGCAGCUAAAAAUCAACCUCCACCGCAACCGAAAAAGAAGCCUACAGCAAGUGUUCCAUCAUGUCAUGAUAUUCAAGGUUAUAUGCCUGGUCGUCUGGAGUUCGAGACCGAAUAUGCAAAUGAAGCAGAAGAGGCCGUUCAGUUAAUGUCAUUUGAACCUGGUGAUGGAGUUAAUCCCACUACAGGAAAGGUGGAACCGGAAUUCGAGCUCAAAAUGACCGUAAUGAACAUAUACAAUCAGCGAUUAACACAGCGAGCCGAUCGUAAAAAGGUCAUAUUUGAACAUAACCUUCUGGAAUAUCGCAAAGCAGUUGCUCUUGACAAAAAACGUACAAAGGAAGAAAGGGAUCUCCUUACGCGUACAAAACCUUUUGCAAGAAUGAUGAAUCAUGAUGAUUAUGAAGAAUUCUCAAAAGGGCUCAUUGAUGAGUUAAACUUGCGAUUAGCAGUUCAGCAAUUGCAAGAGUGGAGACAAAUGAAGAUUGGAGACCUUAAAAGCGGAGAGAAAUACGAACAAGAUAAGCAACAGAGAAUUCACAAGGCACAGCCUAUGGGUAGUAUGGAUCGUGAAAGAUACGCCACAAGUACAAAGAACAAACCUCCUCCUGUUGUCGAAACACCAAGUGGUGCAGCUGCAUUGGUUGCUCCUGAGUUACCGGAUUCUAUCUUCAAAUCUGAGCCAAACGAUGACAAAGAAAACUUAAUGAAUGGUAAUGGUUCUCUCACAAAUGGAAUUAAGCAGCAAUCCCCUAUCAUCAAACGUGAACCAAUACAAGUUCAACCUCUCUCAACAAUCACCCCAUUACCACUCAACCCAUCAUCUACUCCCGAUUACCAUCUUUUGACACCUGGGGAAAUUGAUCUUUGUGAAAAGACUCGAUUGAAUCCAAAACCAUAUCUGGUGAUCAAAGAAGCGGUUCUAAAAGAGGCAUUGAAGGGUGAUGGAAAAUUGAAGAGGAAAAUGGUCAAGGAGAUUGCGAGAGUGGAAGGAGCAAAGGGCGGGAAGAUUUUUGAUUUCUUCUUGCAUGUUGGUUGGGUCGGGAAAGCGUAGGGGAUUUUCUUAAUUAUUAUUGAAUGAUGAAGGAGUUAGUGCGGUCAUUACGAAUAAUUUAUUGGGGUGGGAAAGGGAGCAAACUUCCAUGGGUGGUGUUAAGGAUGGGAAUGGACAUGUGUCUUUCAGCGUAUAUGGAGGGUACUGAUACUAAGAGAGUUUUCUUGCUGUAUUUCCUCACAUUCGGUUAGGUGUUGGGGGGAAUACACAGAAACCCCUUUUGAGGAAAGAUAUUGUCUUUUGCAAAUAUCACAUUUCAUGAUGCAUAGCAUAGCUAGGUUUUGAUUGGAGUUUGGAGGGAAUGAAUUUCAUGGUACGGCGCAAUUGGAUUGGAUUGGAGUUUUGCUUGUGGUCUUGGUAGUUGAUGUCAAUCGAAUUGGUAUGAGGAUGAAUAUGGGAUGCUUAAUAACUAGGGCACGCGUGAAUUUCACCGGCGUCAUGAUAUUCUGAGCAGGAUGUAUUCGUCAGCGCUACUUUUUGGCUUUCCUAUAUUAGACAGCGGGGUUAGAAGAGAAACAGCGAUGCUGUAAUAUAGAAGUGGGUGGGAAGAGUGGGGAUGAGGGUUGAGGGUUGAGAUGGGAUUCGAGGGUUGUAGAUAUAUGUAUUGUGUAGAAUAUAUACAUUUGCUAUGAGAUGAGGAGUAGAAGAUGUGAUUAGUGUGAUGGUAGUGUGAUGGUGAUGGUGAUGGUGAUUUGAUAGUGAAAGUAACUGAAGGUAAUAAAAUGAAGUAUGGAAUAGGGGUAGGAAUAGGGGGUGAAUGAUGUAUUGCUAUAUUUGGGAUGUGAUGUAUAUAUAGAGUAUAUUAUUUAUAAGUUUAGCGAAGAUAGAGAGGUGUUUGAUAGAGAGGUGUUUGAUAGAGAGGCGUUUGAUAUUUAUAUAUGGGUAGUGAGGGAUGAAGUGGAUGUAGGAAUGGGAAUGCGAAUGAAAGGAGAGGGGAGGGGGAAGGGGGAAAGGGGGAUGUGUGUAUGUAUAUAUAUAUCUAUUUAUCUAUCUAUCUAUUAAUGUAUUGAGCUAUUUAUUACA